AUGGCUGAUCAGACGGAGAGGGCGUACCAGAAACAACCCACCGUGUUCCAGAACAACAAGCGGCUAUUGGCCUCCAACAAGAAGGCCAACAGACUCGUCCGCAAUGUUGGUCUAGGGUUCAAGACUCCAUCUGAGGCUCGCGAUGGUCACUACAUCGACAAGAAGUGCCCGUUCACCGGCAACGUCCACAUCCGCGGCCGUAUCUUGACCGGCGUCAUCACCAAGAUGAAGAUGCAGAGGACGAUUGUCAUCAGGCGCGACUACCUCCAUUACAUCAAGAAAUACAACCGAUUUGAGAAGAGGCACAAGACCAUGUCUGUCCAUCUCUCACCCUGCUUCAGGGACACCAAAAUCGGAGAUAUCGUGACCGUUGGUGAAUGUCGCCCUCUCAGUAAGACCGUUCGAUUCAACGUCCUGAAGGUGACACAGGCUCCAGGAUCAGCAAAGAAGCAGUUUGCCAAGUUCUAAAGGCUGUCUAGAGAUUAUUUGGAGGGAAUGUAGAAAUAAAUUAACAUCACAUCAA